AUGUAUUCUAAUAUUAUCUUGCCUACCCGAUGGUCAAGAUUUACCUGCUUUUGUCGAUCUUUAUCUUCUAUCGAGGGCCAGAAACUACCCCAGAGUAGUAAAUCCAGUGAUGGCAUUUCACCACCUCCAAGGAUUCAAAGAGGUCCUACUGAUAUCUUACAAGCGCUAGCAUCGACAGUUGGUCCCGAUCCUACUGCUGCCCAUUAUAAGUACCAUGAUGACCCUUACUUAAUCCCUUUGUCAAAUUACCGCAAGCGAGCAUAUGCCCUCUCGGCAGAGGCUGGUCGUAAAGCAGCAGCUUGGAUAAGAGAUGAGCAUGCAGAGUUGUUCACAACUAGAGAAUGGGACCCACCAGGCAAAACAAAAACUCCUUACUUUAAUGCUGAUCCUAAGAUAGAUGCCUUUACACCUAGACCAAUUUACAAUGAUGAAAGCACGGUCACAGAAGAAGACUUAAAACAUACUAUUCAAAAUGCUUUAUUAGAAGAUUCUGUAAAAGUAUUCCAACUCCUUGGUGGAAUAGAUGGUGUAGCAGAUUACAAUCUGAAAUUAUCAUUUUUGCAACUGUUGUGCUUCUACAAUGAAAAAGAACCAGAUUCUAUGGAGUGGCUUGAAGAGAGAUGGUUUUCAGCCAAUACUAGAGACAGACAUGCAGCGACUUGGAAAUUAGGAGGGCUUGCAGAUAAAAUCUUUGCAUCACUUGAACAAAAAACCUCUGAAGCAUAUUGUACUAUAAUUCAAGGAAUGGCAAAACACUACCAGGCAAAAAGAGCUCAUAUGUUAUGCCAGGAAGCAAUUGAACAAGGCAUUCCAUUGUCAACAAGUACAUUUAAUGGUCUUUUGGGCUGUAUUGGUUUUUUAAAAGAAGGGACUUCAUUACGUGUUGAGGCACUCAAACAGUUGCUGGCCCAAAUGGAAGAGCAGGGUUUAACACCCAAUGAAGAGACUUUAACAUCAUGCCUGAGAUCAAUAUCUGCGUGGGGCGGUGGCAAGAUUCUGCAGCAGCUGGCUCAGCAAAUUAUAAUAGAGUUCAGGAAGUUGGGUAUUCAACCAGGUCUUUCAGCAUAUUACUACCUGCUUUGCCUUUACUGUAAAGAGCGUGGUCCUCGUAUCGAUAUACUCUCUAUCAUACUAACGGAUUUGGAAAAACGAGAAAAAUUGAUACCGCAAGAUGUCACAGAUACGAAUUUCUUCAUCACUGCGAUGGGAGUGUGCAGUGAUCACUUGCAGAACAUAAAUUUGGCUGAAAGAUUGCACGCUCUACUUAUGAAAGGCGACAAUUACAAACUUGUGGGUGACGCCUACAAGGAGAGCAUUUAUUACAGGCAUUUUGUUACAGUUGCAUGCAGGCAUGCGUCGUUUGAAAGAACUACACAGCUAUUAGAUACCUUAGUACCUAACGUUUAUGUGCCUGAACCUACAGUUAUGGAAGAGAUAAUAAAGACAUUGGAAGUGGCCGGCGCCGGAGACAGAUUAGCUCAGGCGUGGUCCCAACUAGUCGUUUUCGGCAUCGCGAACCGAACCAAACUAGUUGAAAGACUACUGCAGGCAAUGUGCAACUGCUACGAGUACCAAUCUGAUGACAUCAAAGCAAAGAUACGCAAUGCUGCGUCAGACAUUAUAAAAUACGGCCAGCUCACUGAUGAAGAAAUACAAAACGCUAACAAACAGGACAGGAGAUCCCCACAGCAAAAACUUUCUGCGGACGCGAUGGCUAACAUAGUCGCCCUUUGUUCGGAUGUGAAAGAAAAGUCUGAGCCUGAUUGGGAUACCGUAUCUGAAGCGUUGAAUCGACUGAAGAGGAACGAAGCAGCUGGCGUGCCCAGUAAACCCCAAGUUCUUGCUGACAUGGCACAAACGGCAGCCUCCAUGGGAAAACUUGGUAUUGCUGCGACGGCCCUCAAAUAUUUGGCGGAGUGUGGCUUCGAGGAAGCGAUGCCCGCGAGCGUUCAAACCCUCGGCGUGAUUCUGAACCGACCGCAGCAAGAUGUUGAGACUAUGUUACAGCAACGUGGAGAUUUAGAGCGAACAUUACAUCCUUCCGCACUAGCUGUUCUCGAUGCUUACUAUCUUGCCAAGUCUGGAGGUACAUCAAGAGACGCGGCGAGUUCCACAAGCUCAGAAAGCGACAAUGAAUCGUCAACCUCCGAUGAUGAGUAG